GACUAAUGGGAUUAGGGAAUUUGGGGGAAAUUCAAAAUCAAAAGAGGCGCUCCUUUCUGUGUGUAAUAAUUUAGGUCUAGGGUUUGCAGGAGCGGAAGUUGAGAUUAAAGUGGGAAGGAUCACAGACGAAGAAUCGGAGAAGAAGGAUUUUUCAGAAAAAUGGACAAGUACGAGAAAUUGGAGAAGGUUGGGGAAGGAACUUACGGUAAGGUGUACAAGGCAAAAGAGAAAACGACGGGGCAACUGGUGGCUUUGAAGAAGACUCGGUUGGAGAUGGAUGAGGAAGGUGUUCCUCCGACGGCGCUUAGGGAGGUUUCUCUUUUACAGAUGCUUUCUCAGUCACUGUAUGUAGUGAGGCUACUGUGUGUUGAACAUGUUGAUAAGAAGAACACCACCACCGGAAUCUCAAAACCACUUCUUUACCUAGUGUUUGAAUAUCUCGACACCGAUCUUAAGAAAUUCAUCGAUUCUCACCGCAAAGGCUCCAAUCCCCGUCCUCUUCCCCCUUCUCAGGUUCAGUGCUUUCUCUUUCAACUUCUCAAGGGAGUUUCUCAUUGCCAUAGCCAUGGUGUCCUUCACAGAGAUCUCAAGCCUCAGAAUCUUUUAGUUGACAAAGAUAAGGGUAUUCUCAAGAUUGCUGAUCUCGGUUUGGGCAGGUCUUUUACUGUUCCUAUGAAGAGCUAUACUCACGAGAUCGUCACCCUCUGGUAUCGAGCACCCGAGGUUUUACUUGGUUCCACCCAUUACUCUACUGGUGUCGAUAUUUGGUCUGUUGGUUGCAUCUUUGCUGAAAUGGUUAGAAGACAAGCUUUGUUUCCUGGAGAUUCUGAAUUUCAACAGCUUUUACACAUCUUUAGGUUGUUGGGAACACCAACUGAUGAGCAGUGGCCUGGAGUAAGUUCUCUAAGGGACUGGCAUGUGUAUCCACAGUGGGAGGCUCAGAAUCUUGCUCGUGCAGUUCCAUCGUUGGGACCUGAUGGUGUUGAUCUCUUAUCUAAAAUGCUGAAAUAUGAUCCAGCAGAAAGGAUCUCGGCCAAAGCAGCACUGGACCAUCCUUACUUUGAUAACCUUGAUAAGUCUCAAUUCUAAGAAUGGUAUGGGAUCUAUCUAACUGAAGAGGGACUUGUGUAAGUUGUGUUUGUGUGAUUUAUUCAAUGUAUUUGAUCACUGUGGAAUGUGUCAUCUUCUUGGUGAUAUUUUCAUUAACAAGCUGAAAUGUUUGUGAGAACUCUGGUUUGUAAAGAGAUAUAUGUUGAGGAUAUUUCCACAUACUUGAUUAAUUAACUGACCCGAUACUUUCUACUUA